GGGGGGGGUCCUCGGGGUUGAGUUUGGCGCAAGGGCUUCUGGGAUCUCUCUCUUCCGCCCCGUGAAGAACGUGGAGCCGCCAUGGGUAAGUGCCGAGGUCUGCGUACCGCCAGGAAGCUGAGGAACCUGCGCCGCGAGCAGCGCUGGUCCGACAAGAGCUACAAGAAGGCUCACCUGGGCACGGCGCUCAAGGCCAACCCGUUUGGCGGAGCCUCUCACGCCAAGGGGAUCGUCCUCGAAAAGAUCGGCGUUGAGGCCAAGCAGCCGAAUUCCGCCAUCCGCAAGUGUGUGCGUGUACAGCUCAUCAAGAACGGGAAGAAGAUCACCGCCUUUGUCCCCAACGAUGGUUGCCUCAACUUCAUUGAGGAAAACGACGAGGUCCUGGUGGCCGGGUUCGGCCGAAAGGGCCACGCCGUGGGAGACAUCCCCGGCGUUCGCUUCAAGGUGGUGAAGGUGGCCAACGUGUCGCUGCUCGCCCUCUACAAGGAGAAGAAGGAGCGGCCCCGAUCAUAAAGCGUCACACUGCCAUGUGUGCGCAGGCGCGUUUGUGCAGUUUCAUCAAUAAACCCAUGGACACAGUUUA